AUGUUAAAACUUUUGCUGUCACUAGCUUUUGUGUGCUUGUUUAUGGCUUACAUACAAGCCAAUCCUGAAGAAGCUAACAGACGACAUAACCUCUGCAUUCGCUCCUUCGAUAAGUGUAUCGAAAAUGAAGCUAGGUUGGGAAAACAGGACGAUACUUCCAAGUUCUUUAACGACUAUUGUCGCCGAUCUGAUUCUGGCUGGUCAGAUGUAAGCAGAUGUGAUCUUCUCCGUAUAGCCUGUUUAUCUACUGUGCGCGAUUGCGAAACACCGACUUGCAAGAAUGUUGCCCACCGCAUGCGUCUUUGGUAA